ACCCCAGCUGUUGUCCUCAAUCCAUGCUUCUAUCCUUCCUUCUUUCUUUUGAUUCGUAUCAAAUUAUCUCUUCUUCUUAUCGAACCUAUCACAAUGAUCGCCCCCACUGAGCCUGUUCAGCCCUCCAAUUCGGCCACCCCUAUCACCCAAUUUCAUCCUGACAUCACUCGGGAAGCUUUGGAGGAAAAGGUUGUUCUCAUUGUGGGAGGUGCCAAUGGUAUUGGCGCGAGUCUUGUAGAGCUUUGCUGUGAGAACAACGCCUACGUAAUCAUUGGCGACAUUGAUUCUACCGCCGGUGCCCCCUUGAGCCGGAAGUGCCGUGACAAAUGGCCUGUCUACUGGGACCCCUCUGGUCCCCCGAAGCCUCCGCGCUCCUCUUUCCAAGAGACUGAUAUCACGGACUACCAAUCGGUGCUUGAUCUCUUUGACUUCACAUUCAAGACCUACAAGCGCAUUGAUCAUGUCGUUGUUACUGCUGGCAGUAUGGAACCAAAGGAGAACUGGUUUGACCAUGCCCUAAGCCUCCAGGCUGUGCGCGAGCCCCCAUCCACCAGAGACCUUGACGUCAACCUCAUUGGAACCCUUUACGUCGUUCGUCUCGCUGGUGCCUAUCUCCGCCAUAACCGUGGCCCUGGAGUAGACCGCUCCAUUACAUUAUUCUCUUGCGCCGCAGGUUUCAAGGAAACCCCCGGUGUGUCUGUUUACCAAGCAGCCAAGCACGGUGUGCAAGGCCUAAUGCGCUCCCUACGCCCCUACUUCAUCUCCCCUUACAAGCACAACCUCCGCAUCAACACGAUCUGCCCCUGGAUGACCCAGACUCACCCGGCUGUAACAAAGAAGCUCUGCGACCGGUGGGAGGAGGAGGGCCUUCCCAUCAGCUCUCCUCUCCAGGUGGCUCAGGUGGCUGCUGGCGUGCUCGUGGACGACUCACUCAACGGUACCUCGAUGUACGUCGAGGGUGGCCGCGCCUGGGAGAUCGAGGCGAACCUUGAUCGUCUCGAGCCACAAUGGCUGGGGGAGGUUCCCGCGAAAACGCUGGCUCAGGGACAGAAGGUGUUGAAGGAUGCCUGGGCUGCAUGAGAAAUGGCCACCACACGACUACUAAAAAUAGCACUUUUCCGUUGAUACCCAU